AUGUCGGCCCUGAACGCAUCAGCAGGGACGGCGGUGUUUAUUUUGUCUCUGCUGUCCGUCCCUCUGUCCUACUGCUUCAAUCACCUCAUCACAUCACACAGUAUAGAGACGCUUCUCAUAGCUGCUGGAUCAGUCGUGAUCACGUUAACCUUCUCAGCUCGAGUUCUGCUGAAGCGUAAAGCUCCCACUGAUCCACUCUUCUACGUGUUCGCAGUGAACGCGUUACUGAGCGUGGUGAACCUCAUCAUCGGCCUCGAGCAGGACGGCAUCAUCGACGACUUCAUGACCUUCUACCUCAAGCGGGCGAAUCCUCACAUUAACACGGCUCAUGGUCACAUGAUCUCAUACUGGGACGGCUGCUCUCACUACCUGAUGUACCUGCUGAUGGUGGCUGCUAUAACGUGGGGGGAGAGUUACCGGGUGAUCGGGCUGUACUGGGUCGGAUCGUUUAUGAUGCAGGUGGUGGUUUAUGUUCCAGGCAGCGUGGUGGGGAAGUUCGGUGUUGAGCUGAAUUCUCUCUUCCUGCUUCACUUGGUUUAUGUGGGCGUGUCAGUGUGGACCUGCUUCAGAGUCUUCAACCAACCUCCAACAUACACACACACACCGGCAACGAAUAUUCAGCGUGAACAGAAGACGUCGAUCCUCCAGAGGCCGCUGGAUCUGUUCUUUAUAUUCGGGCUCCUGGCGGCAUCAGUGUUCUCCAUCUUCAGAGGUCUGGUGGUGCUGGACUGUUCUGCUGACUGGUGUCGUGAUUACAUACUGAAUUAUGAACCUUAUCUCAAAGACCCCUCAGCGUACCCGACUGUACAGAUGCUGGUGAACAUGAUGUACAUCACUCCAUGUUUGAUGAUGAUGCUGUAUGGACUGUUGGUGCCAGGAUGUGAUUGGCUGCCUGAUCUGAGUCUGGUGCUCGCUGGUGCCAUGGCCCAGGCUCAGUUCUGUCACACCGGAGCGUCUCUACACACCCGGACCCCGGUCACCUACCGCGUCCCCUCCACUCACCUGAUCCUCUUCUUCAUCUCCAACCUUUCUUACGCUCUGAUACCUCAAGCUGUGAGCCACCGCUGUAUCAGCCAACCGGCCUUCUUCAUCAGCAAAACCCAACCCAGCCGGAGCGACUGAUCCCUCCACAGCGCCACCUUCAGGAUUAAUUACAGCGGUACCUUGAAACUGGACGUCGUUGAGUUUCGAGGUAUUUUUCCCCAUAAGGAUGUUUGUGAAACCUGUUAAUGCGUCCAUGGUCCCGUGGAGCUGCAGAUAUUUUAGUCUCGUGUAAAAUAAUGAGGUUGUUU